AUGCCCAAUUCCAUCCUGUGGUGCUGCUGUUGGUAUGGACAUGGUCAAUAUGAAUUGAACUCCAAGUUCCUUCGGUUUGUUUCAAAGAUGAGUCGGGGGGCAUUGACUAUUGACGAUAACCAAGUCAGACCUGCAAGUGGGGACUGGGAAAAUAUCAACAGCAAUAUAAUGCAAGUGAGGACUGGGCAAAUGAAUAUAUUAAUCUUAUCGACAGCCUUCCAGGUCUGGAUAUACACUCUCCUGCAAAUUCAAAAGGAAGAUGGCACAUGCAAGGAGUAUCCUUUGGGAGUUGUCCUUGAGGCCACCAAAAAUACAUUGAUUCAAGGCAAUACAAAACUCUUAUUGGAUUUCCGUGUUGUUCUUGAUCAAGAGUUGGGAUUGAUAUUGAAGUUAAGAGACAUGAUGUUUGGUUGGAUACAUGAAGGGUUUCAGAGCUUCUUAAGACAGGUUAAUGAUGAGUUUCUUAAACAAGAAGAUUCCCCUUUAUAG